AUGAGACAAGCUACUUUCUCAUCAGAUGAAGAUGCAUCACAAUAUUUAGCAGAUUAUAUAAUAAAAAAGAUAAAUCAAUUUAAUCCUACAUCAUCAAAACCAUUUAUAUUAGGAUUACCAACUGGUUCAUCACCAGAAGGAAUAUAUAAGAGAUUAAUAGAAGCAAAUAAAAAAGGUUUAAUAAGUUUCAAAAAUGUUAUAACUUUUAAUAUGGAUGAAUAUUUAAAUUUAUCACCUCAAAAUCCUCAAUCUUAUCAUUAUUUUAUGUAUGAUAAAUUUUUUAAUCAUAUAGAUAUACCAAAAGAAAAUAUAAAUAUAUUAAAUGGUUUAACACAGGAUAUUGAAAAAGAAUGUAAUGAUUAUGAAUCAAAAAUUAAAAAAUAUGGAAAAAUUCAUUUAUUUUUAGGUGGUUUAGGUCCUGAAGGUCAUUUAGCAUUUAAUGAAAAAGGUUCAACAAGAAAUUCAAAAACAAGAAAAGUAGAGCUUGCAGAAUCAACAAUAAAAGCAAACUCAAGAUUUUUUAAUAACGACUUAUCUCAAGUUCCUAAAUUUGCAUUAAGUGUUGGUAUUUCAACAAUUUUAGAUAAUUCAGAAGAAAUUUGUUUAAUUGUAUUAGGAGAAUCAAAAAAAUUUGCUUUAAAUAAAACUAUUAAUGGUAAACCAAAUGAUUCAAAUUUCCCAUCAAGUUAUUUACAAGAUCAUUCAAAUGUUUUAAUUGUUUGUGAUAAUGCUGCUGCAGGUUUAAAAUUUAAAUUAUAA